AUGGAUCGUAAGAAAACUCUUAUAAAUUCAAGCGUUUCUAAUAACAACAGUGCCAUCAAGGGUCUACAGUUGUUCAUCGCCGAUCUUCGUUUUGCACAACAGGCACAAGAGCAGGAAAAAAGAAUACAAUUUGAAAUCGUCAAAAUCAAACAGCACUUCGAUGCUGCGAAGAAAAAACAAGGUAACCACGACAGAUUAGGUGGCUAUCAAAGGAAGAAAUACGUGGCCAAGUUAGCCUACAUUUAUAUUACUUCUAAUACGACAAAACUUAAUGAUGUUUUAUUCGGAUUAGAGCAAACGGUAGAACUGUUGAAAUCGAAUUCUUAUUCUGAAAAAUUUAUUGGUUACAUGACCCUUGAAUUACUUUAUGAACAUAAUGAGGUGGUCGCGAAAAUUAACGAUGAAGUCAAUUAUCAAUUGAUGAAAGACCUUUCUUCUUCCGAUGAUAACUUUGUUAUGUUAGCGCUGAACUUUGUUGGCGUGGUAGGAAAACUUACGAACCGCUUAGCGUACAACGAUGACAUCACAACAGGUGUGUUCAAAAUAUUAAGAUCUCCAACUUCCUCUAUUUACCUCAAAAAAAAAUCUGCGCUGUCAUUUUUAGCACUACUAAAGAGUAAUCAUGCCAUAUUAACCGAAGAUUUACAACGUAAGCAGUUGUGGAUACAAAGAAUAUUGAGUUUGUUGGAUGAUACAGAAAACUAUAGAUUAACUUUAGCCACAAUCCCUCUAAUAGAAUUUAUAGCCAAGUACAUUGAUCCUAGUUACUGCACAAGGCUAUUGCCUCAGCUGACAGAGAUUUUGUACAAUUGUGUUGUUGUUGGCACUUCCACGUCUGGGGACAAUCAGUUUCCUUUAGAAUAUACGUUUGCCAAUAUGCCUAACCCAUGGUUAAUAACCAAGCUGGUCUCUUUAUUGAGCAUAUUAAUUGCCUCUCCAACUGAGAGGGAUCUUGGUUCCUUAUUACAUACCGAUAAUAUAGAUGAUGAAUUACUCAAUAAGCUUCGAAAAUGUGUCUCGGUUGCCAUUGAAUUAGGAACUAGACAAGCUCAGGAUCCAAUAGAGCGUAUUGUCCAAAACACAGUGUUGUUUUCAUUAAUCAACUUCGCACCUAAAUUGGACCCAUCAGAUGAAGCCAUUGGCAAUUCAGUGUCGGCCUUAUGUUCCCUGCUGACAUCGAAGGAAAUUAAUAUUCGGUAUCUAACGCUAGAUUCACUAGUUAAGUUAUGCUCGUCAAGCGGUAAGCCUGCAAUCGAUGCCGUUCGCUAUAAAAAUCUAGAUAUGAUUUUUCACCUUUUGAACACGGAAAGAGACUCAUCUAUUGUUAGAAAAGUUGUUGAUCUACUAUAUACUUUUACCGAUGUUGAAAAUGUCAAGGUUAUUGUCGAUGGGUUAUUGCAGUAUAUUUUAUCACCGAAGAACCUUGCCGAACCGCAGAUAAAAUCUGAUGUUGGUGUUAAAAUUGCUAUUCUGACUGAGAAAUACGCUACUGAUAUCGAUUGGUUUGUUAUUAUUUCCUUACAAUUAUUAUCAUUGACUUCAAGUACUACCAUCAAUGAUGAUGAAAUAUGGCAACGAUUAUGUCAAAUCGUAGUUAAUAACCCGUCUUUACGUAGAUUGACAUGCGAGCGAUUGGUGGACUAUUUAUGUAAAAAGCAAACGUCUGAAGCUAUUGUUAAAGCUGCAGCUUUUCUGAUUGGGGAGUACUCGAGCCUCAUAACAAACAAGUUUUCAGGCGCAACUUUAUUUGGUUUGUUUGCCGAGAAAUAUUUUAGCGUACCAAAUUUAGCUAAGGCGAUGAUAUUAACCACAAUGAUCAAAUUGUACAAAACCUCACCGGAAAUUGGGUCUAAUGUCAUUAAAUUUUUCCAGUUAGAGUUAAACUCUCUUGACAUUGAAUUGCAAACAAGAUCUUUCGAAUAUCUUAAUAUUAUACAGCUGGCUAAAGUAAAUGGAAAUAUUGACAUUUUAGAAGUCUUGUUUGAACCGAUGCCACCAUUCAACAACAAAUCUAACCCAUUAUUAAAGAGAUUAGGAUCACUACCCACAUCAGCAGGAAGCGCUACUUUAAUAAAUACUCCUUCUGCGGCAUCUUCUUCCACACCUGAAUUACUACCGAAGAGGGCAAACUCUUCGAGAUCGAUUAUGGUUCCAAUGCCACCACCAUCUCGUAGAAAUACCAUGGAUGAUGUAAACUCCAAAAUCAGUUCAUCCGAAGACUUAUCAGGGAAGGACUCUUAUUACUCAAGACAGAUCCUUGUUCCGAACUGGAGGGAAGGCUUCACGAGAAUGAUUUCACAUAAACAAGGUGUGCUUUUUACAUCUUCUUUAAUUAAGGUGUUUUAUCGGAUAACUACCCCUAAUCCACAACAGCCAUUCGUGUUCCAUAUAUCGCUUGCCUUCAUUAACUUGACUGAGUGGGAGAUUACAGGAUUGUCGACACAAGUCAUCGCUUCAAAGACACAAGGCAAUCCUGAAUAUGUGAUUAUGAAUAUUAAUUUGCCUCCUACUGCUAAGAUUAAGCCCCAUAAAAGGGUAGAGGAAAGUUAUGAAGUUUCCAUAAGAAAACCAUUCGACGUCGAAGAUAGUCCCAUUUUGGCGAUUCAUUUUAAGUGUGGUGGUAGUACAAAUACCAUCAAUGUAAAAACAGGUAUAGGUAUGACUACAACAUUGGUUAACAGCGAAGUUAAUCCAAGCAUGCAUUUGAAUUUAGCACAAUUUAUCAGUCGUUGGAAAACUUUAAGUGAUGCCUUGGGAAAAGAUGGGGAAUACCAAAAGUCUGGUAUAAAGUUUAAUAAGGAUUCUAAAAAGGCUGAGACUAUUGGUUUAGAAGAUGGCCUUCUACUACUCACGCAAAUAGUCAAAAGAUUGGGGUUCGAUAUAGUCGAUCAGACCAGUGUUCACAGUACAUUGUUUGUUUCAGGUAUCAUUCAUACGAAAACUGAGGGAAACUUUGGUUGUUUAAUGAAGAUACAAUAUCAGGAAAACGGGCUGGCUAACGUCACCUGUAAAACAACGACAUCUGGCCCUCUUGCUAGAUAUAUUGUUGACUGCAUAAGAAAUGUACUCUCAAAAUAA